CAACCAAUUGUUUAUAUUCUCUACUUAUAACCUCAAUCAACGAUCCCAGUCAACAAGGCCCCAUUUUCCAGAAUUUCGCCCCAUGGAAGUGAAUCCCUUAAGUGUAAUUUUGGUGAAAUCCGACAGUAAAGGGGACAGACUCCUGUUUCGGUACCCAUUUCAAAUUCAGGAGAACAAAGAGACUUCAAACCGAGCCCGGAAGAACCCCUAUGCCUUAUCAGUGGUAGAGGAAUCCCUGCAAAGUGUUGCGGUGUCGUCCUCGAACAUUAACAAAGGUGUUUUAACGGGGCUUAGUGAUGAAGUGCUUUCAUCGCUUUUCGCCGUCAAGACGGACUUGUGCGAUAAAAAAUUCGAGUUGAAAGUGAAUGAUGUAAGAUUUGUCAGUCACCCCACGUUGCUGCAGCUGCAGAACGAGCAGUCGGAAAAGGACGAUUCGGGAAUAAUGCUGAUUAAUAUAGUUUUUGCGCUGUCCGCUUUGGCUAGUCAUUCAGUGGUCAGAUGUUAUCAUGAUCUCAGUCAGCGCUUUGGGAUUAUCUUGCGACAUGAGGAGAAAAGGUGCAGUUUUGUGUCUGAACAGACUCAGCGCAUGAUGACUGCCCAUGAUGAAUGCACUUCCAAUAACGGUUCGGCGUUUCAAAUUAUCUUGGAAAAGUGCACCUUAGCGAACAACAUCAAGAAGCUCUAUGAAGAUUUGUCGAGCACAGGGCUGGUAAAUAUAAUAGUAAACAGAUGGAUAAGCUUGACUUUUUGUCUGCCUCAAAAAGCUCAUCAGUGGCACUUAAGGGGACAGACUAUCGAGCCCGAAGAUAUCGACAGAUGCUUGCUGGCAUUAAGACCUUAUCACAGUUUAUUGCUGCUUCAUCCCGUGGAGCACAUAAUUGAUUUCACCUCAUUGGACAGCUCACCGUCUCUGGUGAAAAUGUUAACUCAAUACUCCCCGAUGAAGAACCUACAAACAUUAGCAGCAGACUCAGACCUGACUUUAUCGCAUGUGUUUGAAUUAACGGCCCAUUUAGUGUACUGGGCUAAAGCCACAGUUAUUUUCCCAGUUUGUGCCACUAAUCGAUAUGUAAUAGCUUCCAACGCCCCUCUACAUCACACUUCGCCACUUAUUGAAAAAUUUAGCAAGGCAUUUCCCGGGUUGCACCUUAUCAAGGCAAUUCAUGAAUUUUCAGUUCCUACAUCUUUGCAUUCGAAACUCGAUCCGUUUUCUAAGCCCACGCUGCAGUCUUCGCUGGUUCAGAACAUCAUUUGGAUGCUGCAACAUCAUCUGUUGCUGCAGCUGCACACCUACAUUGAAUAUAUGCCUACAGACAAUGGGCCUCCAAGUUUAAAGGACCAGAAGAAAAUUGCAAAAACCCCAUCGCCAAGAACAAGUUCGGUUUUAUCAGCUUCUUUUCCCGAUGCAUCCAGAACGGAGUCUGAGAGUGGCGCCUCGACAAUAUCGGAGGCACAGGAACUGAUGAAGCACCUGAACAUGGAAAAUGCGAGUUUUACUUCCAUUGAGGACGACAAGCAGGACUAUCAGGAAGAGCUGCUGGUGGACUUCCCAGAUGAGGAAAGAAAUGAAAUUUUCAAAAUUCCCGCAACAAACACCCCUGAGGACUUGAAGUUGUUUGCCAGACUGUGCAGAAAAGGCUACUUUGAAGGCAGUCAUCAUAUUGAGGAAAUAAUGUACUUGGAGAACUUGAGACGGAGCCAGCUAACGCAGCUACUGGACAAAUUUCGCGAAAUUCUAAUCACUUACGAUAGCGAAGACCCGGCAAUUGCAAUGUUUUCCUGUACGACGUAAAAGUGAGUGUUUUUAAUUUAAAUUCAAGGCAAACGGGAUGUUGUUACCAUCCUAGAGUGAUAUUUGAAAAAAAUAGUGGUUGUUUGUUAAUUGUUAGGUGUACUGUUUAUUUUGAUAUAUGUGGGCAAAUUGCGAACGAAUAUUUAUUAGCCACUAUCGUGAUAUUGCCCAAUUUAAUGACACAAUUUAUGUAAAUUAAAGAAGAAGUUGAA